UGAUACGAACAAGAGAAGUCGUGCAAAACAGAAGGAUAUAGCGAGGACAGGGCCUAUAAGUUUUGCCCAAACGGCUGACAAUAUGGCAAAAGAAAGCGGCCAAGCAGUGGAGCGUGCAGAUAUUUUCAUAAAAGCAUACUGCACGAAAGAUGGGACUCCUAUUAGUGAUGUAGUGCUACAUAAGAUUGAUAAAAUGAAAGAAAUUUUAUACGACGGGGGGAAACUAAAAGGAGACCGUCGCGAUGGAAUUCUCUGGGCACAUGAUGAUGCGUUCGCUCAAGUGAUGGGCAAAGAACGUUCUGGACGUGUCCGUGGGGUUGGUUUUGGACCAACCCCUUCAGGAAGAAGUGGGUCGAACCUUCCAUGUUUGCCUGGGCCGUCGUCCUCUGAAACGGUCCAACGGAUGACUGCAUUGGAAAAUUCGACGAGGGACCAACUUGCUGACUCAGAGCAGAGGCAUCAGGAGCAGAUAGCCUCAUUGCAUGCACAACAUAAGGAGGAAAUCGCCGAAGCAUUGGCUGAAGCAAAGCGGGAGUCAGAUGCACGGCAUGAGCAGCAACUGGCCGAAGCAAUGCGCGAAUCAGAAGCACGGCAUCAGCAGCAGCUGGCCGAAACAAAGCAGGAAAUGGCCGAAACAAAGCAGGAAAUGGCCGAAACAAAGAGGAAAAUGGAUGAAGUAUUAGCCUUCUUACAAAGCACACCAAGCAGUUUAAGAUCAAUUUGUCAGGAUAGCGCUGCUACAUCAUAGGCAGGACUCUUCGUGUAUGAUUGUUCGGAUAUUCGGAAUAUUGUAGUAUUGUAACUUCGUGGAUAUUUAAAAUAUUGUAAUGUUGUUACUUUGUGGAUAUUCAAAAUAUUGUAAACAUGAUUGUAAACAUUUAGAGAUAUUUUGUUGACAGGUUUGAGAAAAUAUG